UUUUUUUUUUACAUUUAAAGACAGACAUUACAAUGACGUCUCACGACUUUUAAACUUAUAACUGUUUUCUUUGUCUUUAAACAAUGUAAAACCUGCGUUUAUUCAGUUCCUAAACCCAUUUUUCCAGUUGUUAUGAAUGACUAUGAGGUGAUUCGGCAGAUCGGAGAAGGUGCCUUUGGUAAAGCCUUACUCGUUAGAGACAGGAGGGUGGAUGGAGAGAAGCUCUGUGUGGUGAAACAGAUCAGCCUGAAGAAGAUGUCCUCGAAAGAGAAAGAAGCCUCUAAGAAAGAAGUUAUUUUGCUGUCGCAGAUGAAUCAUCCCAACAUCGUUUCUUUCAUCACUACGUUUCAAGAGAAGGGCGGUCUGUACAUAGUGAUGGAGUACUGCGAUGGAGGAGAUCUGCUGAAGAGGAUCAACAUGCAGAGAGGAAUACCCUUCUCUGAGGAGCAGAUAGUGGACUGGUUCAUUCAGAUCUGCCUGGGCCUCAAACACAUCCACGACAGGAAGGUCCUUCACAGAGACAUCAAAUCUCAGAAUAUCUUCCUAACCGACGGAGGGAUGAAAGUAAAGCUGGGGGACUUUGGAAUCGCAAGAAUGUUGAAUAACACGCUGGAGAUGGCUAGGACCUGCGUUGGGACACCAUACUACCUCUCACCGGAGAUCUGUGAGAGUCGGCCCUACAAUAACAAAACAGAUAUCUGGUCUCUGGGUUGUGUCCUCUACGAACUCUGCAGCCUGAAACAUCCAUUUGAGGGCAGCAGUCUGAGGCAGCUGGUCAGUAAAAUCUGCAGAGGCCGCUACACACCUGUACCCAGCCGCUACUCCCACGACCUUCGCCUGCUAGUUACCCAGCUCUUCAAGGUCAACCCCCGUGACCGUCCCUCAGUGAGCUCAGUCCUCCGUCGGCCAUUCUUGGAAAAGCACAUCAGCAGACAUCUCAACACUCAGAUGAGGCAAGAUGAGUUUAACCACAUGGCUUCACAUCGAAACAGAUUUGCAGCUGCAUCUGAAACUGUUAAAAUAAGAACAGGAGCAGAAAACGCUGCAGCAAAAGGACAGAAAGCCAGAGGAGCAGAAAGGCCUGGGGCAGCAGGCAGAAGACCGCCUGGUAAGCCUGACUAUAGGGUCCCUAUCCGAGUGAACAACCCCCCUCAACACAGACCUCUUCAUCAAAGAGCGGCCAAACCAGCUGCAGACAGAAGGUUUGCAGGGAUUCAGAAAUUUGAUGGGCGGCAACCUGAAAACCACUACCAGCACUACCACGCUCAGCUGGAUGUCUUUCAGCAGAGAAAUAAAGACGUUCCUGCUGUAGCUCCUAAUCCAGCUGCUGCCCCUCAGGGUCCAGUCAUGGAUGUGAAGCCACACGAUGACGAACAAGAUGGUCGUCCUGUGGAACCCUACCAACUUGUGGCUGCAGCUCAUAACGAAUACCUGCAGAGGAAACAGGAGGCCAACCUGUAUAAACUGAGAGCAGAGAAACAGCUGGGUUUGCGGCCAUCUACAGCUGAGAGCAACAGGAAACUAAAUGGUGUGGAGCAAGAGGUGGGACGCCCUGAAAACCAACAUUUUCCCCAGGACAGAAAAUAUGAGGGACAGCAGGAGUAUCUUCGUCAGCUGGAUCUGAUCAGGCAACAAUAUCAUCAGGAGAAGAGACAGAUGAGAGAAAAAGCAGAACCAGAGCCACUAGAUAAACAAGGAACCUUUGUGGUUGAAAAAGCACGAGACCUGGGUGCUGCUUCAGAUGCUGAAGAGCAACAAGAAACACCUGUUCAGGAUAUAGAAGCAGCUCUGAGGCAGAUCAGAGACGAGAGCAACAAUUAUUUGUAGAAAAGGAACAAAGAUAAGAGAGGAAUCAUGUUUGAGAUCCGGUUGGAUGAAGAAGAAACCAAAGACACCGGAGAGGAAAACACAGAGGAGAUGAAAAGCAAAGAGGACGAGGAAGUGGAUCGUCUCAAUCAUGCUUUAAGCUUCCAGGAAGGGGAGGAGUUAAAACUCAAAGAUUGGUCAAAGGAGAGAAAGAAGUGGAGCCAAAGGAUCCCUCAGACUCUGCUGGACGACCUCGCCAACAUGGACAUCAACUCAGUUUAUAACACAGCAGCAGCUGAGCCUGAAGAAGAAGGUCGCAGGCAGUGGACCAGAGGCCCGGCUAACUCCCUGCUAAACGCUCUCGCUCAGAAUCAACCUUCAUCACCUCUGGACUCAGUCAUUGCCGAUUUCGAUGCAGUGGAGAAUGAGGAGGAUAAAGAGGACUCAGAUGUGGAAAUGGACAAACAGCGUCUGGAGCCAAGGUCUGAUGAUGAUGACACGAAUUUUGAGGAGUCAGAGGACGAGCUGAGGGAGGCCUUGCGUGACUCCAUGAGGAACCUUUUCGUUAUGGAGAACUCCAGCUCAGAUGAAAAUGAGCAGGAGAAGUUAAAGGAGACUGGAGAGGCAGAGAGGAACAGCGGAGGGGCAGUUAGUUCCUCAGGUGAAGAUUCACCAGGAUCUGAAAAUGAUGUUUCUACUAAAUCUGAACAAGAUCCAGAUGGUCCAACUGAUUCCCACCCAGAGAACAACACGCCUCGGAAUAAGCAUCAGGCUACAUGAGUCCUUAUUUCAGUGAAAAACUGAACUGAUCUACCUGUAAGUUAGAGAUGGGAUUACUCUGAAUCAUCUGCCCAAUAACAUGAGAAAGAGUUGAAAGCUUUGCUCUUGGUGAAACAAAUAGUUACAGUCAUUAUUAGUGUAAGAUAUACAUAUUAAUUUAGAUAGAUAAUAAAAAAUUUUUGUGCUACUACCUGCAGUCCUCAUAAUAUUAUUUAGUUUUAAAUCCAGGAGUAAAUAAAUAAAUCUUGAAAUAAAACAAAACAAACUUUUUGAAUAAAACAGCUCUUCUUAUCAAACAGGUAAUUAGUAUUUACUGUGUAAUGUAGGACAGAAUAAAAAUAGGGAAGUUCCACAGGACAUGCAACGUUUUUGGAUUCUUGUACAUUUCUUGUACUUCUUUCCCUACAGUGGGCACUUAUGGAAGGUGCCGAAUUACAUUCAACAAACGUUUCAACUUCAGUAAAGGAUCCAUGUAAAACUCUACAGAAGAGGGAUCCACAGCUUUUUUAAUUCCAAAAGGGAAGGUCCUCUUUGAGUGUUUUAUUUGACUA